AUGCAGAACCAAAAUGCGUACAUCCAAGAAGGAAAUAACCUAUAUAUACAAAAUGCCCAAGAGCAAAAUAUUUCUAAUGGUGGUGAUUUCGUUUUGCUUAAUGUAGGCUCUGAAACAUCUACACAACACUGGGGUAAAGCUCCAGAGAAACAACCUCGUCGUUAUAUUAAACAGCGUAUUGAAUUAACUGAUGGAAAAAACUUGGUGUUGGAGUGUCCUAUUCCUGCUGACUUGCUUGGAAGUAUCCCGAGGAAUGACCUGCGGGAAUUUACUCAUAUGAGAUAUACUGCAUGUACAAGUAGUCCAGAUGACUUUAAGCAGAAAGGAUUUAAACUUCGUCAAGCAGAGACAACUCCUCCAAGAUCAACUGAACUAUUUAUCGUGUUAACUAUGUAUAAUGAAGAUAAAGAUUUGUUAUCCCGCACUUUUCACGGAGUUGUGAAAAAUAUUGCUCACCUAUGUAGUCGUGAAAGGUCUAAAGUCUGGGGUGAAGAUGGAUGGAAGAAGGUCGUUGUGUGCAUAGUUGCUGAUGGUCGUGAAAACAUAGACAGAGGUUCUUUAGCUUAUUUAGCAGCUCUCGGUGUUUAUCAAUAUGGCGUUGAAGUGGGUGAAGUAAGGUCUGACCCCGUUACUGCUCAUAUAUUUGAGUAUACAACUCAAAUUUCGAUUAAUAGUGAUAUGGAUGUUAAAACGGGAGAGGAUUCUGGUGUUGUUCCAAUUCAGGUGCUCUUUUGUCUUAAGGAGAAGAAUGCUAAAAAAAUUAAUUCACAUCGAUGGUUCUUUAAUGCCUUUGGUCCAAUUCUUGAUCCUAAUAUAUGUGUUCUUAUUGACGUUGGUACUGAACCAGGUCCUAAAUCCAUUUAUUACUUGUGGAAGGCGUUUGAUGUAGACCCUAAUGUUGCUGGUGCUUGUGGUGAAAUAGUUACCAUGAAAGGUGAUUACUGGAAUAAACUAUGGAAUCCAAUUGUGGCAGCCCAAAAUUUUGAAUAUAAGAUGUCAAACAUUCUGGAUAAGCCAUUUGAAUCGGUCUUUGGGUACAUUACUGUUUUACCCGGGGCUUUUUCUGCUUAUAGGUACCUUGCUCUCCAAAAUACUAAAAAUGAGGAAGGGGAGGAGGAAGGCCCUCUAGCAUCUUAUUUUAAAGGUGAAAUUAAUGAUGAGAAAAAAGUUGAUAAAAAAGAAGAAAGCAUAUUUACUGCUAAUAUGUAUCUUGCUGAAGAUCGUAUUCUUUGUUUUGAAUUGGUUGCAAAACGUAAAAGCUCUUGGUUAUUACAUUAUGUUAAGUCAUCUCAAGCCGAAACAGAUGUGCCUGAAGAUAUUGCUGGACUGAUUAGUCAACGAAGACGUUGGUUAAAUGGAUCCUUUUUUGCUAGUUUUCACGCCAUUUUACAUUUCUAUUAUAUCUGGAGAAGUAGUCAUUCUAUAUCUCGUAAAAUAUUUUUACAUAUUGAAAUGGCGUAUCAAGCAUAUAAUCUUAUUUUUUCAUGGUUUGCCUUAGCUUUAUCUAAUCCAAAAGUUGCACCCUGGGAUACAAACGUUGGAAAUGGCAUAUUUAUGGUCUUGCAAUAUACUUACAUUGGAUUAGUAAUUACACAAUUCAUAUUGGCCAUGGGACAUAGACCUCAAGGGCCAGAUGCAUCAAAGUUACAGAAAGCUGUCAAUGUUGUGUCCAGUACGGGAGUGCCUACAGUCGAAGUUACAGUGCCUGAAGAUGUUAACGAGGUAUAUAACCAGGCACUUAAUGCAAUAAGGCAACCAAAGCUUGAUGAUGUAUCGAUUGCUACACCAAAACAAAAACAAGAAGAUUCUAGAAAAUCAUUUCGAACAAUGGUUGUGCUUUUAUGGAUUUUUUGUAAUGCAUUAUUAGUAAUCGCAGUCACAUAUGCUAAUGAUACAUCAAGAAUGAAUACGUAUAUGGCAAUUAUUCUUUGGUCUGUUGCUGGAUUGGCUGGCUUCAGAUUUCUUGGCACUACUACAUAUCUGAUAUUUAGAUUAUUUACUGAUCCAAACGCAUUAAUAUUUUGGAAAUAA